CUUCGGCGGCGGGCGCAGCCCUCCUCCUCACCGCCUCACCUCCACCUCCUCCUCCUCCUCCUCCUUCUUCCAGCCCCACCCCGUACAGGGCUGGGGAGGGGGGAGGCAGCGCCCCACGCCCCACCACGAGCCGCUGCGCGCAGGCCGAUCACCCUGCGGCCGUUGGCCGCGAGCCGUUCAGUUACGUUGCGCCGCGCCGGCCACUGGCCCCCUCGGCUCCCGGGCGGCGCGUGCCGCGUUUUCCCGCCGGCCCCGCCCCGCCGAGGGCGGGACCCCGCCCGUACCGUCAAAUAGCGGGAGGCGAGGGGGGAAGCGGGAAGGUGCUGCGCCGCCGGGGCCCGCUCCUCACGGCAAAGUCAAGCCUCAGGGAAGGGUCACCCUGACGUGUUUCAGAGCCCUGUUAAGUCCCAAAGAAAAGGACAGAGGACUGCGUUCUCCCCAGCCAGCACACUCUUCAGUGUAGAGGGCAAGGACUUCUGGUCUGAAGCGGAGGGUGACAAGAGCUGCUCUGUCUCUGAAUCCAUCAUGGAACAGAUCAGCGGAUCUGUCCAGCCAGAGUGUGUGCUGCUGUACGCCUUCUUGGAGGUAUCUUCUGACUGCAAGUUCAGAGAGCAACUGCAUUCUUUGCAAAGCCAGGGGUUUGCCCUGAAAGGCAGCUACUACUAUGAUGAUGAGGUGGAACUUCAGACUGAUGGCAAUCGGAGUGGCCACUUUCAGAAUGGUGAGCCAGUGUUUGGCCCUGAGGUAAAUGAAGAAGCUGUCCGGAUCAUUGCUGCUCAGCUCACUGUGAUUGGAGACCAGUUUGAUAGAGAAAUCAAAGCAGGCGUAGUAAAUGAUCUAGUGCAGCACUUUCUGAAUGAGAAUCUGUCUGGAGAGGAGAUAAUUCAUCGCAUGUCGGAGGCAGUAGAAGGGCUUGCACGAGCCAUCCCCUCAGGCAUGGAACAGGAGAAGGCCAUGUUGGUGCUAGCAAUGGUCUUAACUAAAAAAAUUGUGAAUACAAUGCCCUCCCUUCUACAGCGUGUGUUCAGCACCACUGUGAACUACAUCAGUCAGCAGCUCCACAACUACAUCAUCAGAAUGCUGCGUGAGUGAGCUGUCCAGCCCUCUGUGUGGAGAACAUGGAUGCCACAAGACUUCUUCCCUUUCUUGAUGUAUGGAUAUGACUUCUGAGAUACAGCUGUGAAAGGGAAGGCAGAGCUUUGUUAGGUAGGCUUUGUAGACUAGCACAGCAAUGACAGUAGUGUGAGCAGCUCUGCCAGCACCUGUAAGGAGUAGUGCUUGCCCCAUCUCAUUUUACAAUAGUUUUCUUUCUUAGCAGUAGGAGACUUUGUGCAGACCCUGGCUUGUGUCUCAAGGGGAAAUGCUUGCUCAGUAUAUUUUCCUCAUCAGCCGUAGUAUUUUGCUUUAGUUACUUUCUUCCCUGCCCUGUUCCUGGUAUUGCAGCUGAGCCAGGCUGAAUGCCAGUUGUUCCCAGGAAGGCCUCGGACUGUGGAAUGGAUGGCUGAUCAGCACAGAUCACCAAGGGGUGUGGGGAAAUCGGGUCUUAAGAGGGGAGCUGGCAGCAAGAGGGAACAACCGAAGGGAGGCAGGGCUGUUUGGCCAGUGAAGGAUAAAGUAAAGAUGCUUCAAUAUCAGUUGCCAUAAACAUGUGCUUGCUUGAAAAACAAAACUGAUCAAGAAAUUGUAAUGAAAAAGUCAGAUGUAGGUACAGGACAAAUUCUUUCAGGGAACAACCUGGAUAUGCUUGAGGAAGUAUGUUUAGCUUUAGCAUAUCUUGCUAUAAAGAGAAUGAAGGUAUUGGCUUUGGAUGAAGAAGAAUACUUGGCAUCUCUUACGAGUGUGUUGCAGUUGCAUCUCAGGUUCAACAAGGUGUGGCAAAGGCUUCACCUGUAAUUCAGCUGCUUCAGAAGUUUUAAAACUUAUGAACUAUUUACAUAGUUAUUUAAAUAAAAGUAAGUUCUUAUGGCAAUACAGCUUUUAAAUUUCAAUUUCCACUUGGA